GUUGACCUUACAACACCCCCCACGGCUCUCUGAAACAGAAGCUUUUGUCACAUGUGACAUGUCACGUGAUGCAUGUGACGUUGUGUCCCUUAGAGGCGAGACGUUUGUAGACGGGGUAUCAACUUGCUUGGUUGAACAGAUCAGGGCUAGAAAAUCAGGACAAGAAAUCAUUGUAUCAGAAGUAUAUGUGGCAACAGUUGUCAGCCUCAGCCAUGCCCAGUGCAAAAUCGUUACCAGUGACAGCACCGGAAGUGAGGAGUAUGUGCGUCUCUACCGGAUAUCCAUUGCCAACAGUGCUGGUAACUAUAGUGACAGUGUGGGCCUGAUCGUGUUUAACAGUACGUGUAUCCAAGCUGAAGGUGGUCGGGAAGGAAAGUUCAACUGGACAGUGAAGGGCCCCUACUGCCUGGACAAAGGGACCUGUGUGCCUCACGGAGAGAGACAGUCUGGAAACAACUGUCUGGUGUGUGACGUGUCCAACAACCAUCACAGAUGGAAAAAUGGAUCUGAGUCGAGAUGCCAGAGUGAGAAUGGACAGCUUCUUCUUAUAUCUGUAGCUGCAUCUGUCGGGGGUGUCGUCCUCCUCAUAAUCAUCGUCGUUCUUGCGUUAGUCUGUGCUUGCAAACGGAGUAAAAGAGCAGGAAAGAAGAACAAUGAAAUGCGGAAAGUGUUCACAUAGGAAUGACCACAUCAUACUGCUCUGCAGCCGGCACACUACCAAGUAGAAAUG